AUGUACGGUUCUUUUGAUGCUAAGAGAUGUAACUUUAAAAUGAAUUUUCCAUUCAGAAGCUUACACGAGGACUUCGCAACUUCUCAAAUGGAAAUCCUCAGGUGUCCAUUUUUUAGAAACAUUAAUGAGCCUACAAACUUUUCUUUCUCGUCAGCCAUGUCCUUUCCAUUGCCGGUACGAGGAGCAAAUGGUCCGAUUUUUGAAGACGGGCCAAAUUUUGACAUGGCAUUCAGGCUUUUCCAUGGACGCGAUGGAGUAGUUCCGCUGUCAGAACAAUCUUCCUUGCAUGCUAAGAAGGCAGAGUCUGAAACAGCCCCACCCAAGUUCAAUCCAUUGGCUGCAAAGGCAACCACCAUUAGUCUCUCAUCCUUCGGACCAGGAGGGCCCUUCAGUUUCGAUGCAAAUCAUUUUAGGACCGAGUAUUAA